UCUUCAAACGAUCCACCAGCUCUGAGAAGUGACUCCGCGCAAACUUCCAGCAGCCCUCGGUGUUUCCAGCAUGCGCAGCGGAGCCAGACCCCGCGGAUGCGCCACAUGAGGCGGACCGGAGAAACUGAAAGCACCGCUCAAAGUUUGUGCACAGAGAUCUUCCUCAGACUCGGCUACUAAAAAAAAAACACGCAGCCUUCUUUUUUUUCUGCUUCUCAAACUCUUUUCACUCUCCGCUUUGCGAUUUGGGAUUGCUUGGAUUCUGCGGCGCGUCUUUAUAUGUUGAGCCGCGGAGACGCGUAGCUUUUCGGGCUGGUCCGCGAUCAGGAAGCUGACAUGCAGGUUCUCGGCUGGACCAUAGUUCUCAUCUGCCAGUGGAUCCUACAGCAGGUCCAAGGAUUGGAGAAGCAAGUGGACUUCUCACAUUUGGGCCCUGUGGGGUCCGUGAUGAAGGGUCUCCCAUACGGCAUGGGUGGAGGCACGGUUGGGGGAGCAGUUAAGCCUCCGUACCAAACCCGCAUCUUCUCUACAUCCAUUGACCAGACACCCAUCAAGUCCAAGCCACCUACUUACAGUUUCUUUAACCCGUAUGACCCAAGCCGGAACCAGUCCCUGCUUCUGGACCAGACAGGUUACCGCUCCAAGCGCAAGCCCUCUCUAAAGACAAACAUGAAGACCAAGAAGAUCUUCGGCUGGGGAGACUUCUACUUCUCUGUGAAGACCGUAAAGUUCAGCUUGUUGGUCACCGGGAAGAUUGUGGACCACAUCAAUGGGACUUUCACAGUUUUUUUCCGUCACAACUCAUCCAGCCUGGGGAACGUAUCGGUCAGCAUUGUGCCACCAACCAAAGUGGUGGAGUUUGAGGUUCUUCAACAGCAGCAGAUGCACCCCCACACCCAGCAGGAAAUCCAGAUCCAGGAGACACACCAGUCCACAAUCGACCCCAAAGAGGCAAAGACCCUCAACUGCAGGGUCGAGUACGAGAAAACCGACAGGUCGAAGAAGUCCAAACCCUGCCUGUACGACCCAUCUCAGACCUGCUUUACAGAGCACACCCAGUCCCAUGCCGCGUGGCUCUGUGCCAAGCCCUUCAAAGUCAUCUGUAUCUUCAUUUCUUUCUUAAGCAUUGAUUACAAGCUGGUUCAAAAAGUGUGUCCAGACUACAACUUUCAAAGUGACCGCCCUUAUUUCGUAUAAAUAAAUGAAACACAAGAGAACAACGAAGAAAAAAAAAAAAACAAGACUCUGUUAAUGACCACAAUGAUGAGUAUAAUGAUUACGAUGGGAAUUAAACUCACUUUGAUUAUGAUGGAAAAAGCCGGGGACAGUUUUUUUGCCUCUGAACUGCUGUGAAUUGUGGAUUUAAAUCGUGUAUAAUCAGUUAAUGGAUGGUUAGGACAUGGCUGAUUCCUCUGACACAUUUUCCAACUUUGUAUUUGUUAAACUCGGUUUUUAUGUUUUCUGUAAAUAAUGUACUCAACCUCAGCAGACUUAUUGUUUUUAGAUAUGUUACUUGGUGUUAUUACUUUCUGGAGUUGGAGAAUGUGGUUAAAAACAGCUGAAAAUCGGAUUAUGCUCUUUGAGUACAGAGUGAGCCUGUUAGGCAGCCGUUCAUCACUGUCUGGCAGACGUAAUGUUAUGGUAGACUGACUGUUAAUCAUCCUUUCAGCUCUACAUUUCAAACCAUGGAUAUAAGAGAGUUAUAUGUAUGAGAAAUGCUACGCUGGAUAUGCAUACAAUAUACUGUAUGAACAAGCACAUUAAAAUCUCU